AUGCCAUUGUUGACGCUCACCCAUACCGUUUCGGGCCCGCCCUUGACCAUCAUGUUCUCUGUGUCUCCUUUAAUCAUGUCUUCUACCGUUCUCGUCCUUCCUCCCACCAGUAGCUCUCGCAGCAACCGCUGGGCCGAGGAGGAGCAAGAGGUUGAUCCUCCCCGCUACGCUCUCAAGGUUGAUCCAUUCCGACCUCAACCAUAUUCAGUUGCUCAUGUUGAUCCGAUCUGA